GAUUUUUUCCUCCUCCUUCGUAAUAAAGUCGCCAUUUUGCUUCACUGCCUUUAUAAACCGAUUCCGUGUUGUGACAUUUUUGCUCAGGGAUUUUGUGAGUUUAUGAGGGUAUUUUUGAGGGGAGUGUUUGGCGAGCAGGCAGAGGAGAAGUGCCUCAUGGUGAACAUAUUGAUGCGGAGAGGAGGGAGCACCGGGGAAAAUGGAAACCAGGAAUAAAUAAAGCGAAAGUGUCCGGGGGAUCUGCUCGCUGACAGACGCUGUGGUUUAUCUCCUCCCGCUAGGUUGUUUCAUUCCUCCGGCGUCAAGGUUUGCGGUGCUCCGGAAUACGGGACGACGGCGACGACUGUCCGGUUUCAUUCAGGCCACCUUUUGGUCCAGCGAGACGGCUCUCGGACAGCCGGCAGGUGUGAUGGACAUGUAACGUUGCGUCUGUGGAAGUACGCCCAGGAAGGUGCUUGACCCUUGACCUUGUCCUUCCACACGUGGGUGACCCGGGGCCACCCGGAGAGCGCCAGACUGUGAUGGAGAACCCAAGUAGCCCCAGGCUUGGGAAACUAACCUCGUCCGGGAUGCCAAAGAUCAGGACGGCAAAGCAUGGACAUCUUCAAGACCCAGGAUCCCUGGCAUGUACGGACAACAACAAAAAUAGUCCAGAGAGUGAUGACCCAACAGAAGGAAAGAGGAAAGGUCGGCCGAAAGUGGAAGUGCAGGAGCUCCGAAGCAUCCCUGCUAUUAUGAUAGAACAGUGGAAGGAAGAGUUUAAGAGACGCUCCAGAGUUAAGUGUCCGUGUUCAGGCUGCUGGUUAGAGUUUCCCAGCAUCUAUGGCGUCAAGUACCACUAUCAACGCUGCCAGGGGGCAACAGUAGGUGAGAAGCUGAGUCACGGUUGUCCUUACUGUGAGGCCACGUUUGCCACGAAGGUUCGCCUUGAAAAGCACAAGCUGUGGAAUCACCCUGAGCAAGUCAGUUUGGAGGCGAAGGAUGAGCAGCUUAAGUUUCAGAAGAAGGCGAUCAAGUCAAAUAGCAAGAAAAGGCCGUUAGAGCACAGCCCUCCAUCACCGGUGUUUUUUAAGGUCAAAAAGAUCCACGAGACGUUCACACCCUUCCACAACGGGGAGCUGAUCCACCACAAAAGUGAGAGGAAGCUGCCCAGCGUCAACCAGCCUCACAUCCAACAGUCCGUCCAGUCUCAGUCACAGCAGUCGCACAGUGCGUCAUCUGACGCAGGAGGCAGUGAAAGCGAAGGCGGCAGUCUCCCUCCCUUGUACUCUGAUGAGGAUCCAGAGAGGAUGAAACACAGAAGGAAACAGAAAACUCCCAAAAAAUUCACUGGUGAGCAGCCUUCCAUUUCUGGAACUUUUGGAUUAAAAGGGAUGACAAAGGUGGAGGAGAAGUUGAAAGCCGGCCGUCUGAAGAAAGCAGAGGGUAACUUAAACGAAGCAGCUCAGAAAAGACCAGCCCCAAAUCAGACCUCCAAGAAAGACCAAGCUGCAACAAGCAGUACCGGAAGCGUCACAGACACACUGUGGCAGAAAGCCAUUUCAGAAAGAGGUGAAGUGGUUUGCCCCACCUGUUCCAUUGUAACCAGAAAAACAAUCCAGGGCCUAAAGAACCACAUGGAGAUCUGUCAAAAGCUCCAAGAUGCUCUGAAGUGCCAGCAGUGCCACAAACAGUUCCGGUCCAAAGCCGGCCUCAACUACCACAUCAUGGCUGAACACAGUACCAAGCCCUCCGGGAGUGAGAGCCAGGUGGCGGACGAGCAUGACGAGAGAGAACGUCUACGGCGAACGCUCAAACAGAUGGGGCGAAUAAAGUGUCCUCGUGAGCACUCCGGAAAGAACCACCGCUCCAAGGCUGAGAGAGACUACCAUGCACACACGGAGAACUCUGCUGCCAUCAGCAGCGUUGCGACUGUCAACUGUAAAGACCACGUCACCGACACUAACAACAACACUGGCAAAGACAAGGUGUCUGAAGUGGUACCAUCUGCAGGGAAGAAAGACCAGCAUGACAGGAGAGAGUGGCACAACCAACAGAGACAGCAUAAAGAUCGAGAGUUCAGAGGGGUGGAGCAGGAGAAGAAGAGCAGUGAAUCAGUCAAUGAGAAACCUGUUCCAAACGCGGGACUUCAAGAGGACUUUGAACGGACUCCGAGCGGCAGAGUGCGGCGACGAUCAGCUCAGGUCGCUGUGUUUCACCUGCAGGAGAUAGCUGAGGACGAACUUGCCAAAGACUGGGGCACCAAGCGACGAAACAAGGAUGACCUGGUUCCGGAUAGCAAGAGGCUAAACUACACUCGCCCAGGCCUCCCGAAUUUCAGCCCAGAGCUUAUUGAGACCUGGAAGAACCAAGUCAAGGAGAAAGGCUUCAUUUGCUGCACUAACGAAAACUGUGAAGCCGUGUACUCCAGUGUGUCUGGACUAAAAGCCCACCUUGCCAACUGUAGUCAGCGCGGUGGAGAACUUGGGAAAUACACGUGUCUCAUCUGCCAGAAGGCGUUCAACUCAGAGAGCGGAGUCAAAUACCACAUCAGUAAGACUCACUCACAGAACUGGUUCAGAGCGGCAGCCAGCGAGGUCGUGUCCAGUAGCAAAUCUAAAUCCCUGGAGGAUAAUGGAAUUGAACCUGAGGUGAGAAAUGGUGCCACCACUGGUAAGAAGAGGGGACGCAAGCCUAAAGAGCGCCGUCCUGUGGUCGAGCCUCUGCACAGGCUUGCUGAGGAGUCAGCCUCCUCCCAAAACUCCUCCCCUGCCAUGAGUGGCUCCUCUAGUCCAACACAGAUGCUUACAGAUGAAGAGAAUUCCAGCCUCAAUAAUUCACUGCUUGACAGAAGAAAUAAACCGAAGAAGUUGUUGUUACCCGAGUAAAGCUCCUCUUCAACAAAGAUUCUGAAAUGUCGCGCCACCAGGUGGCGUGGUGUUUAUCCGUCAGGACUGACCAUUUAGACGUGAACUAGUUUUUAAGACCACCAUUUCCCUGUGUAAAUCCAACAAUUUAAUUUAACCUUUAAAGCACAUGUAGUCAUCGAAACAUAGCAGUUUUGGAACAGAAGUAGUAUUUAAAAUGAUUGUAAUCCUUGUUUUCAAACUACAUGUUGUGUUUGAGAGGUGUUUCUGUUCGCAUGGCAAAAUCAUUUAUAAAUAGUCAGUGUUUUUCCACACAUAUACUGUACUGUGUACAUAAACACAAUCUAUAUCUAUAUAUCUAUAUACUCAGCCCAAUGUUGUGUCAUUAACGCCCAAAUUUGUUUGCCAGCUAUUUUCAAAUUAUUGUUUUUAACGUCCUUUAAUGUUUUCAUUUUGAAAUAACUGUCAUAUAAGCUAAUAAUGUGUGUCAGUCUUGUUCUGUUUUGACGCUAAUUUUCCUAAAGCUAUAAUUUCAGUGGCAUUAUUUUGCUUUUUUGUCGCAGUGUAUGCAUACCAUUUUUUUACUGUAUAUUUUCAUUUAUAUGCCACUGUCAGUUUGAGUUUACCCAACAAUUGCGGUCAAAAAUCAAUGUUUUUAACCAGUUUGCCAAGAAAAUUGAAUUGUUUGAAUAUUGUUUGCUAAGCUUGUUGCACCAUUGCAGCACAAUCAAAGAAGUAUCGAAAUUUUAAACAGAGGCCAACUGUUGUUGAAAGAGCUGGGAAGCUCUCUUUUAUAGAGGUUAAGAAGAGGAAGGGUUUAUUGAAAGAAUUUGCAAUGUUUGCGUAGUAUGUGUAGUAUAUUAAUGAACGAUUGGACGCUCCAAGUUAUCGUCUUGCACUUUAACCCCUGAAGCCUGCUUCUUGCCCUUUUGUAUUUUUUGCACUUCAAGAUAAUUCAUCCGAAUCGGGCUUAGGAGCAGGUGAAUUCUAUCGUCAUGAGAAAUAAAUUUUAUUUGAUUAAAGCGCAGAUUGUUAUUGAAAAACAUUUAUUGUCAUCAUGCAAUCAGAGUAUUGGUUGAAUUUUAAUUAAAAAUAUUUAAAUUAUAAAAUGUGUGAAGUGAUAUAUAUAAAUAUAUAAUUUAAAUUUAUAUUUAAAAGAUACUUGAACAUCCAUUUUUAAGAUGCAGAGAGAGAACCAUGGCCUUAAAGUUGAAUCUGAUCCCGUCUGGGUUGCGUCACUGGUGUGAGCACUGAGGGUCUCAGAAGGCAGGAUUCAGAAAAUGGCUGCAACGACUAGCAUGUCCCUGAAGGCCACCUUGUCCAGCCAACCUGUCUGUCCUCCUGAACAAGCCUUUUGCGUUCAUGAUCGCCAUAAUUUGAGUCAAGCACUGAUGUCAAUGAGCAAAAAUCAAUAUGGGAUUCAAACCUAUCCCGUGUGACUUUUCUAUUCUAAAUGUGCUGAUUUUCUCCAUUUUAAAUAAACUAAAGCCGAUUUUCCAAUGAGGGAUGAUUAUGCAUGUGUCGCUCAUUCUUGGGGUGACGACCUUUCUAUCCAGGUUUGGCAGGCGGUUAAGUCAAGCACUGAUUUGUCCAUGUCAAUAUGGGUGGUUUAAAAGAGUGCGUGCGUGCGUGUUCAGUUUAAUUUUCUAUCAUAAGCUGCGGCACAGUUCACCAGCAGCUUGUCACUCAUCAAUAACGCCCCAUUGACUGUGUUUACCUGACGAGCUUUGGUGUUGCAAUAUAAUAGUUUAGCACUGCUUUUAAAAGUGGGGUAUUUUACAUUUGAUCUCACCCUUUACUCUCUGUCUUCCUAUGAUGUGGAAAGUACACUACUAUCCUGCAGUGUGAGCGAACUGCGACACCUUUUUAGAUUAUAGCAAUACGCCAUGUUUCGCUGGUUUGUUGGCUUGCUGAUAUUUUGAUAUAUCAAUGUGUCCUGAUCUUUUUUGUUUGCUUUAAAAUGCUUUUAUAUAGAUAGCAAACCCCCUUUUUUUCAGUCAAAUAACAGAGAUUUUUUUUGACAUUUUAGGUUGACAUAUACUGUUGUGCUCGGAUAUAUUGAUGCAUAUCCAUAUUUGUUUUGUUUUACAGAUCAAACAGAGUCAUUUAGUAAUCAAAAUGGGACAAUAAGGCAUAUGUAUACAUGUUUCUGUACUUACUACACUUCUUAUAUCUUGAAAUAGGUUUGGAAUAGGAGUGUUGUUUGGAGCUUUCUAGUUAUCCAGACUGUGUGUGUGUUGUGACUUUUGUAUCUGGAGAAACAGCCGACUCAAACGUCUUCCCUCUGUUGCUUUCCCAAAUCCAGGUUAGUCUUUAGAAUUCCCACUCCACCAUUUUUUGUUUAGAGACGGUGGGUGAUUUGUAUGCUACCUACUCUUAAAGCAGAAGAGGGCAACUGUCCCUGUUGCUAGAGUCACUGUUGUGAAACUGUGCUAGAGUUCUAUGAAGACAUUGACAUUGUAGCUUAUAACUGGUGAUAAUAUAAUGUAUAGGCAACAACUGACAUGAGAAUAAAAAUGUAUUACACAUUUCCGUAUCAAAAAUAAACCCUUGUAGUCCUGUCCGGACGCACUGCACCCCUUUUGAGUCGAAACUGCUACGGUUAUUUUUCACCUGAAUUGUUGUACUACAUGUGCAUUGGGAAAUGAAACUAAAACUUAAUAAAGGUUU